GUUUUGUUUGCCCUCGGAGGGGCAGAUUCCCCCCCUCCACCACCGUGUAGACACACCCAUAGGCUGCCCAGGGCGACCAGGAGCCGGGCAGACAAUGUGACCGAGUGGCCGUGUUGGGGUCCACCCGCUCCGGGGGGGAGGGGUGUGUGUGCUCCAGUUGUCAGCUGGUCCAUCUGGAGGAAUGUUUCGCUGACUCUCUGCUUCGGUUUCGGACUGCGCUCCUGAACUUCUGCGGUACAAACUUUUAUUUGCGCUCAUGAGAUUCCGGGAUCCGGUCCACAUCCUCACCUCAGCAGUAUGGCCAUAGCUGCGCGGUCCCGGACGGGGUUCUACCGGCAGGAGGUGAACAGAACCGUGUGGGAGGUGCCGGAGAGGUACCGGGACUUAAAGCAGGUCGGCACCGGAGCCUACGGAACCGUGUGUUCGGCUUGGGACCGGCGCUCAGGGACUCAGGUGGCCAUCAAGAAGCUCCACCGGCCCUUCCAGUCCAAACUUUUUGCCAAAAGAGCCUACAGAGAGCUGCGACUCCUCAAACACAUGAAGCAUGAAAAUGUGAUUGGGCUGUUGGAUGUUUUCACAGCUGAGAUCUCUUUGGAUCGGUUUCGAGACUUCUACCUGGUGAUGCCGUUCAUGGGCACCGACCUCGGCAAGUUGAUGAAGAUGGAGAAACUGUCGGAGGAUCGCGUCCAGUUCCUGGUUUAUCAGAUGCUGAGAGGCCUUAAGUAUAUCCACUCUGCAGGGAUCAUCCACAGGGACCUCAAACCUGGAAAUUUGGCCAUAAACCCUGAUUGUGAGCUAAAGAUCCUGGACUUCGGGUUGGCCCGGCAGGCCGACGCGGAGAUGACCGGCUACGUUGUGACGCGCUGGUACAGAGCGCCGGAGGUUAUCCUUAACUGGAUGCACUACACGCAGACUGGUGAUGGUGAUAAUAAAAAAAACAAAAGGAAUCCGAUGGAGCUGCAAAUGAAUCAUUUUGCAGCAAUGCUUCUGCUCUGCGUUGCAGUGGAUAUUUGGUCGGCGGGUUGCAUCAUGGCAGAGAUGUUGCUGGGGAAACCUUUGUUCAAGGGAAACGACCACCUGGACCAGUUAAGAGAAAUCAUGAAGAUUACAGGAACUCCGACUCCCGACUUUGUCCUCAAGCUACAGAGUCAAGAUGCCAGAAACUACAUCCGGAGUUUACCGAAAGUGCCAAAGAAAGAUUUGCCCUCCAUUUUCUCCAAAGCCAGCUCAAAUGCGGUGAGCGUCCUGGAAAAGAUGCUCCUUCUGGACCCUGACAGCAGGGCCAGCGCGUCGGAGGCCCUGGAGCUGCCGUUCUUCAGCGAGUUCAGGGACGUGGAGGAGGAGAGCGAGGCGCUGCCGUACGACCAGACCCUGGACAACACGGACCUGCCGCUGGAGCAGUGGAAACGUGAGGCGGGACGGGAGGGGUUCGCUAUCGUUUCCCCAAAACACCGAACCAGGAGCCGCUACCAAAGUCACACCUUCACAGAGAUCCUGACCUUCCGGCCGCCGCGGGACUCAAAGGAAACAUCACUUUAAGAGCUGCAGACAUGAACUUUUACCUACACGCAGAAAUAUUAUUUUUAAUCUUAUCUAUUAGUAGCUGUCUAAAUGCUUUUACUGUCAAUAAAUAGUUCAGAUAUUCAAAAUAA